CUGUCCCCUCCCAGCGGGUCUCCCUCCCUUUGCCACUGCAGUGAAAGCCUCGGUAAAGGAGAGAGAGAGAGACGGCGAAGUCGAGCCCGAAGCUUGGGUAUAAAGCCAGGACGAGACCUCCGAGAGCUCCGCGACCGCGUAUAUCUCUUCGUGUUCCUCGCCACAGCUCGGUGGGCCUACCGACUCCCGCUGUUGAACCUCUUUUCCGCUCACAUCGCCUGGAUUUCAUCAUCCGACCUGCAAGAUGGGAAAUGAAGCCAGUUACCCCCUGGAGAUGUGCUCGCAUUUCGAUGCUGAUGAGAUUAAAAGGCUAGGGAAGAGGUUUAAGAAACUCGACCUAGAUAACUCCGGCUCACUCAGCGUGGAGGAGUUCAUGUCUCUGCCCGAGCUGCAACAGAACCCGCUGGUGCAAAGGGUUAUCGACAUAUUCGACACGGAUGGGAACGGAGAGGUGGACUUUAAAGAGUUUAUCGAGGGAGUCUCGCAGUUCAGCGUCAAGGGGGACAAGGAACAGAAGCUUCGAUUUGCUUUUAGGAUCUACGACAUGGACAAGGAUGGCUACAUCUCCAACGGCGAGCUCUUCCAGGUGCUGAAGAUGAUGGUAGGCAACAACCUGAAGGACACGCAGCUCCAGCAGAUCGUGGACAAGACCAUUAUCAAUGCAGACAAGGAUGGAGACGGCAGGAUAUCCUUUGAAGAGUUCUGCGCAGUGGUCGGCGGUCUCGAUAUACACAAAAAGAUGGUCGUGGACGUGUGAGCGCUCUCCGCUCGCUGAAUCCCCCCUUUGUCCUCAACACUCGCUUUCUCCACCAUCUCUGAAGAUCUGCUCAAGACGUCCGGCAAAACGCUCUCUGUGUAACUCAAUGGAAGUAUUCUCUCUCUUUUAUCUCUCUCUUUUAUCUCUUUCUCUCUCUGUGAAGCCACUUUUUUCUUUCAAACAAACAAACAAAAAACUAAAAAAAAAAAAAACUAAAAAAAAAAAAAGAAAACCACGGGCCUCGUGAAGCCAACUUUGAAGUGUUAUUGAACUGUAAAUCCUCUCAAUAACCCGGUCGUAGCACUUGAAGAGACUGAAGGACAUCUGAUGUGUCGUUUGCAAGAGCAUCUCCGGUUUUGGAUGAGGGGGGAGGAAGAGGGGCAAAAAGGGGCAAAAGGGGGCGCAGUGAAGAGGCUGGUUGGCUUGUUCAUAUUUCAUCCUUUCUUUUUUUUUUGUUUUAUUUUUUCCUUUCUUUCUUUCUUUCUUUUUUUUUUUGUUAAUUGUUAUUUUUGAUAUUUAUUUUUUUUGUUCUUGUCUUUUAUAAAGAAGAAAAAAAAAUACAAGUAUAUCUACGGUUGUCUGGUGAGGGGAAGUGUGUAGAGUACGAACACUUGACUUGCAGUACAACUAGAAAGUAGGGUAUGAAGUGCCAACCAGAACAUAUCCAGAAACCAGUCCACGUUAUUAUGACCUAUCAUCGUUCACGCCCGUCGGGACGCUUCCAACACACGCCACUCACAUUAGAUGCAUAAAUAAAAACAACAACAAAAAGAUUUCCCUUCUCCGUUUUAGCUCAAACAGACCAGGCAAAGCUUCCUUUUAGCAAAAAGCAACUCCUGUUUUUUCUUUUUUUUGUGAUAAGAAGUUUUAUUUAUAAAGAAUGUGUUUAUAUUGAUCCUCGUUUCCUGUCAUGAAAUUCUAGGUAGAUCAAUUUAUGCCAAGAAAAUGUCUUUCCAAAAUAAUAAUAAUUAGUGGCUGCAAACUGGUUUACGCUCGACGAAGCAUUUUUAACAUCCAUACGACAAUCUCCAAUGCAACGAGUCGCUCUGCGCUCACACUAAGUGGAAUCAUUUCAAGACUUUUCUGUAGGUUGUAGGAACACAGGCUGGACGCUUUGGGCUCGAGAGAGUGACAAUGGUGAGAUUAUACACUGUUUGUGCAAGGACAUAGCAAUUUAAGAGACUUAUCUGCAGGCAGCGUUUUCUUUUUUCUUUCUUUUUUUUUUUGUUUUUUUUGUUUUUUUUAACCAAUAUGUGUAUAUUAGGUAAUCAAUGUGUGCUCAUCUUAUUUAACAGCGAGGAGAGAAGGCUUUGCCUCUGCUUAACAUGAGCCCUUCUGAAUACGUCUCAGUGCAGCACAGGACGGGUCAGUUUGUUUCGUUUUUCUUCUUCAACGCAACACAAACAC